CGUUAGUUGCAGACUGUCCCGCUGCUGAAGUGGGGGAUGUGAUAAGGGGCGUGGUGCGCCCAUGCCGUUCACAUGUAACCCAGGCAGGACGAGGAGAGGCGAGGAGAGGGCUGUUCACUUCCACACUCACCAGACCAGACCAGACCAGACAGUAGCUUUUUUGCACCAUGGACGGGCGACAGCUACAAAAGCGGGAACAUCAGACAGGUAUCCUGAUGGUGAAUGGUGAUGAGUUUGAAACAGCCUCGGACAAUGGUAUUGGUUUCUGUGGAUGGAUCCUGGUGUUGUUCUCCUUGCUCUUGAGCCUGCUUACCUUCCCUCUCUCCAUCUGGAUGUGUAUCAAGAUCGUGAAGGAGUACGAACGGGCAAUUAUUUUCAGACUUGGGCGUAUCUUGCCAGGCGGUGCCAAGGGACCAGGUCUGUUCUUAAUCCUGCCCUGCACUGACAGUUUCAUCAAAGUGGACAUGCGUACCAUCACCUUCGACAUCCCCCCUCAGGAGGUUCUGACCAAGGAUUCGGUGACUGUGUGCGUGGACGGCGUGGUUUACUACCGCGUGCAGAAUGCCACCCUGGCCGUGGCCAACAUCACCAACGCAGACGCUGCCACGCGCCUGCUGGCACAGACCACGCUGCGCAAUGUCCUGGGCACCAAGAACCUGUCCGAGAUCCUGUCUGACCGCGAGGAGAUCGCUCACAACAUGCAGUCCACGCUUGACAGUGCCGCAGAUGACUGGGGUAUCAAGGUGGAGCGAGUGGAGAUCAAGGACGUCAAGCUGCCCCUGCAGCUCCAGAGAGCCAUGGCAGCUGAGGCAGAGGCGUCCCGAGAGGCCAGGGCGAAGGUGAUUGCAGCGGAAGGGGAGAUGAACGCAUCGCGGGCCCUGAAGGAGGCAUCCAUGGUGAUCUCAGAGUCCCCCUGCGCCCUGCAGCUGCGCUACCUGCAGACCCUCAACACCAUCGCUGCAGAGAAAAACUCCACCAUCAUCUUCCCCCUGCCCAUUGACAUGCUGCAGAGCUUCAUGCGCCAGUGAGCGAGUGGGAGGAGGGCCAGCUAAACAGAGCACGCUUCUCACGGGUUAAUCUGCAAGCUGCUUUUCCAGGGAUCCUCCCUCUCGCUCUCUGGGCAGAAUCAACCCACAGGUCAUUCAUUAUAAGCGCUGUAAGAUUAUAAUGACGUGGAUUCAUUCUAUUAAGCCGAGUGAGUGAGUGAGACCUGCCUUAUUUUCCUAUCUUGUAUAAAUCGCAUCUUCAUGCAGCCGUGUGCCUUCUUUCUAACUUGAUUAUUUUUGUAUGUUAGUUUCUCAGAUUUAUAAUGCAAUACUAAAUAUAUAGCUUCAUAUCAAGUGCAAAUACGAUGAAUCCAGGGAAACAUUAAGGAGUGUUGUUACACAGGUUGAAUGCUGGUGCAGUGAAUGUUUAAAUUGCCAUGGAGAACAGGCAGCCAAGUCCUUCUCUCUCAAAUCCAGAUUGUAUCCCAGAGAUUUGAACCAUGUCCCUAGAGUGUCUGCACAGAAUGCCAAGUAUUUGGAAUGUGAGAACUAGUUCUUUUGAACUGGAGUUCCAAAUGUAUUUAUAAAUAUCCUGAAGGUCAUUCUUUGAAUAAAUGUUUUUAGCUACAUUAAUAUGCAAUUGCCUUCCCAUGAUUUUUUUUCCUUGCUGUUUUAAUAGUGUUCACUUGAACAGGACGGCCCUGUAUAGGGUUCACAGCCCUGCCCAGGAUGUAGGGUCCUUCUGUUAUACAGGCAGUCUGUUGGCGUGUGGCCUGAUCUGUAUUUAGACUCAAGGACACGGAUCGUGGACAGGUGGAAGUUCAUCACUGUGCCAGUGUUCCCCUCACUCUGGGGGGAAGGAAUGCCUGUUCUUCUAGGUACAGCAUUAUAAACUAGGGAUCACAGACCAGAAUUAGCAUGGUAGCAGUCUAAGACUAGCGCUAACCUGCUGUUGAUAGAACACCUUACUACUGUGCCUUUUGAAAAAUUGGUUUAUCAGCAAAAUGUUUGGUUUCUUUGUCGUUACUGUUAUAAGGGUAGUUCAUGAAGGUAGUGGACAAAACGUUUGUCCCGAUUUCUUUUUUCCUCUGUUGUAUAAAUAAAAACACACACAAGAUG